CAUCGCAUAUCGCAUAUUGUUUGACGUGUCUCAAAAACAAGACACGACAACAGCAUAUAAAAAAUUUAAUAAUAUAAUUAAAAAUAUGGCUCCAAAAGAAAAUAAAGAAAAGGAUGAUAAGCCUGUUAAAAUAAAUAAAUGGGACGGUUCAGCAGUAAAAAACGCCAUCGAUGAUGCAGUAAAAGAAGUACUUACUAAAAAGUAUCAUUAUGUAGAAAAUUUUAAAUUGAUGGAUGGGCGCCUUGUAAUUUGUAGUAUUGCAGUCGGAGUUGCCAUGUUCGCUUUACUUUGGGAUUACUUAUAUCCUUUUCCACUUUCUAAGCCUGUAUUAAUAUUUUGUGUCGGCACUUAUUUCACAAUGAUGGGCAUUUUAACGUUGUACACCAUGUAUGUAGAAAAGGGUAUUUUCGCGGUUUGUGUGCAGAAGAAGGAUGGGCAGAAAAAUGAUAACAUAUGGGAAGCUAGCUCAUAUUUAAAAAAAUAUGAUGAUAAAUAUAAACUAGUUCUUACAUUUAAAGAUGGUAAAACUGGGGCUUUCAGAGAGACAAGCUUAAAGAAGAGUGUUGCAAAUUUUGUGGACGUCAAUGGUAGUGUAGUACAUGAAAUUGUAGAAAAUGAAGUUUCAAAGCUACACAAUUCUCUGUUGAAUGAACGUAAAGAUAAAUAGCUCUCGUGGUUGUCAUGUCAGCAAGGCAUUUAUUGCAUAAUUCCAUAAUUCCUUGAGUUGUAAAUUUCUCUAAUACAUUACUUUUUUAGUACAGUGA